AUGAUAAUAAAAAAAAAUUCUCUAGAUAUUAGUUUUGCAAAUUCAUACAUAGACUAUAAAGGUUUGCACUUUAAUAAAUAACUCAAAUAAAAAAAUGAAAACAUUGAAAGUAAUAUUGAUUAUACUUAUAGAUAGUCAAGAGCAAGUACAAUAGAAAAUAUGUAAAAAUUAUUCUGUAGAUCUAAAAGGAUCUGUAAUUAGCAGCCCAAAAUUCAGAUUUUGAAUCCUGA